CUGCGGCGCCCACGGCCAUUUUUGUGCGGGGCGGCCGGACGCCCACUCCGUGCGGCUCCAGCGGCCAUCUUUGUGCGGGCGGCCGGGGGCCCAUCAGUGCGGCGCCUACGGCCAUCUUUGUGCGGGGCGGCCGGAUGCCCACUCCUGCGGCGCCUACGGCCAUCUUUGUGCGGGGCCGCGUUUCCGCCGGCGCCGCUGCGGGGAGUCUGCAGUGGGUCUACCAGCCAUGGCACCCUGGAGGCGCGCACCGUUCUCCGUGUGGCUGCCGUUGCUGCUCUUGUCCCCAGCGGUGGGCCGCCAGAAGGAGUCAGGUUCAAAAUGGAGAGUACUUAUUGACCAGAUUAACAGGUCUUUGGAGAAUUACGAACCAUGUUCAAGUCAAGACUGCAGCUGCUACCAUGGCGUCAUAGAACAGGAUCUGACUCCUUUCCGAGGAGGCAUCUCCAAGAAGAUGAUGGCAGAGGUGGUCGGUCGGAAGCUAGGGACUCACUAUCAGAUCAUUAAGAACAGAUUAUACAGGGAAAACGAUUGCAUGUUUCCUUCAAGGUGUGGUGGUGUUGAACACUUUAUUUUGGAGGUGAUUGGGCGCCUCCCUGACAUGGAGAUGGUGAUCAAUGUACGAGAUUACCCUCAGGUUCCUAAGUGGAUGGAGCCUGCCAUUCCAGUCUUCUCCUUCAGUAAGACAUCAGAGUAUCAUGACAUCAUGUAUCCUGCUUGGACAUUUUGGGAAGGGGGACCGGCUGUUUGGCCAAUUUAUCCUACAGGUCUUGGACGGUGGGAUCUCUUCAGAGAAGAUCUGGCAAGGUCAGCAGCCCAGUGGCCAUGGAAAAAGAAAAAUUCUACAGCGUAUUUCCGAGGAUCAAGGACAAGUCCAGAACGAGAUCCUCUCAUUCUUCUCUCUCGGAAAAAUCCAAAACUUGUUGAUGCGGAAUACACCAAAAACCAAGCCUGGAAAUCUAUGAAAGAUACCUUGGGCAAGCCGGCUGCUAAGGAUGUCCAUCUUGUGGAUCACUGCAAAUACAAGUAUCUGUUUAAUUUUCGGGGUGUAGCUGCCAGUUUCCGGUUCAAACACCUCUUCCUGUGUGGUUCACUUGUUUUCCAUGUUGGUGAAGAGUGGCUAGAAUUCUUCUAUCCACAACUGAAGCCGUGGGUUCACUACGUCCCAGUCAAAACGGACCUCUCCAACGUCCAGGAGCUGCUGCAGUUUGUAAAAGCAAAUGAUGAUGUAGCCCAAGAAAUUGCCGAGAGGGGAAACCAGUUUAUUAUCAACCACUUGCAGAUGGAUGAUGUCACCUGUUACUGGGAGAACCUGUUGACUGAAUACUCAAAAUUCUUGUCUUACAAUGUCACAAGAAGAAAAGGUUAUGAUCAGAUUAUCCCCAAAGUUUUGAAAACUGAACUCUAGUCGGCAUCUUAGGUCUGUAGUCUUUGCUGCAGCAGCAGGACCUCACGUACGCUGUGGUGGGGAGCUUGCCACGAACAUGGUACCUGUACCUUGAAUACCUUGUAACAAACCAUGCUGCACCCAGAGCAACUCUCCAGAAAGGUCCAAAACGUGUAAUACAGAUAAGAAGGAGCUCAACUCAGGGGGAAUAAGAACCAGAAGUCAGAAGAUGGGGGUUUGGAACCCAGUUCUACUUUUCAUUCUCUUAGGACCAAUCACAGCUUGUGCCUCAGAUCAUCCACACGUGUAUGUCUAUCACUGUGAAACUGACUGUCCACCUGAUGAUGGCCUUUGUCCCAUGAUUCGGAGCAGAAAAAUUCAGCACUUGGGACUCGCAGAACUCAUUGCCACAAUUCUGCAGUUAUUCUAGGUUUGAUCUCUGUCGCUACAUUUUAAUGUAGGAAGCCCAUGGGGUUCGUGAAAAGUACUUGGAGGUGGUUUCCUGAAAGGUCUAAGGAAGCAGUGGCAGUGCCACGCAGUGAUCUAGUUCUCUUUUGUAAAAGCGUGAGCUCUCAGACUCAGGAGGUUUCUAUAAUGCCACAUAGGAAGGGGCCAGUUGCAUGAGUAAUUAUUGCAGUUGGAUUUCAAGAUUCCUUUUUGUGCCUUCAUACCCUUCUUUUUAUUGCCUCUCUAAAGAGGAAAAAAAAAAACUCAGUAAA